AUGUUCUUCCUCACCUCCCUCCUCACCGGCCUCCUAACCAUCUCCCUCACCAUCAUCGGAGUAGCCUCCGCUCCAGCAGCCAACUACUUCUGGUCCAGCUGGUCCGAUGGCAAGCCCAAGCUGACCGUCAAGAACGGAGCCGAGGGCAGAUUCGACGUGACCUGGUCCGGCGACAAAGGGAACUUUGUCAUUGGCAAGGGUUGGAACCCUGGUAGUAGCAAAAACGUCACCUACACCUCAACCUUCUCCCCCACCGCCGGCGGAAACGCCUACCUCGCCAUCUACGGCUGGACCACCUCCCCGCUCGUAGAAUACUACAUCAUCGAAGCCCACGGCGACCACCAUCCCUCUGACAACCCUGAGGCCAAGGUUCUCGGGAACGUCACAUCGGACGGCGGGACGUACCAGAUCAUGACCAAGAAGCGGGUAAAUAAACCCAGUAUCAUUGGCACCGCGACUUUUGCCCAGUAUUGGAGUAUUAGGUAUGAGCAGAGACCGGGGGGAGGGACGGUUAAUACGGGAACGCAUUUUAAGGCGUGGGAAGGUGCGGGACUGAAGAUGGGGAGGCAUAAUUAUAUGAUUGUGGCGGUUGAGGGGCAGGAUAGUUCGGGGAGUGCUAGUGUUACGGUGGGGGUUGCGUCGCCGGAGCCGGUACCCACAACGGUGGGUGGGGGGAGUUCGUGA